ACCAUGACAGUCAGCAGAAUUGCAUGCUCGGAAUUCUAGCUACCGACUUUUGCCUGGAAGGACCUCGUCGUUACCGUGGCCAUGGAGGACGACGCCGAGCUGACUUCCAGAGUACACAGCCGACUUAAAACGAAGCUCGUCGGGUAUAAUUUUGUUUAACACAAGUCAGCGGGCUGCUCAUGACAUUAUCACCAGCGACAGGAACUACAGCCCGGGGUUGCCAAACAACAAGCAUCAUUCAGUGUCAGCCAGAGGUAGCAGCUGGAGCUCUGAGGUGGCUCGACCCUGCUUUUCUGGAGCCCGUGUAUGCCUGCAUAGAUCAAGGAGUAGCUCUCAAGCAAACGUACUGGGGUAAAAUUCAAUAAUGCCUGCGGAUUCUCUCCUGAAAGCCAAGACUUCACCGUGAUGCGAACUUAAAUUUCGUGACAGGAAAGCACCUUUCCAAAAUCCCCUGCCUGCCAAUGUCUGUGGGUGUCAGCGCCCUUCUGUUUCCACUUCCUGGCCUCUGCUGUUGCACAGCUUGUCCUCACCCCCUCAUAGGAGUUGCAGGAUGCGGUAGUGGUUAGAGAAACUUUCUGGGCCGUACGGAUAUUGAGAAAGCACAUGUCCUGCUGGAGAUAACUUGAGUGAAUCCACACUCAACAAGGAAUGCUUUGAAGUGGACUUCGACCGCUGACCUCUGUGUGGAUACAAACUGCAGAAAGGGGAGUUUCCCUGCCGGAAGACACAACUCUAUUUAUACAUUUUUUUUAUUCGUCCACAUUAAUCAAAAGGCAGUCAGCUCCUCCAGCUUCCCUCCCACAACGUCAGCCCCAGUAUCAUGCUGGGUGCACUCUUGCGGAGGAACAUGUCACAGAAGUUGAGUUUGCUGCUGCUGGUAUUUGGCCUGGCAUGGGGACUUAUGCUGCUACGCUACACUGUGCAGCAGCCUCGCCAUCAGAGCAGUGCUGAGCUACGGGAGCAGAUCCUGGAGCUUAGCAGGAGAUACGUCAAGGUCCUGACAGAGGAGAACCAGAAUUUGCCAGGUGGGCCACAGGGAACCUCCAUGGCUGGUUAUGCUGAUCUGAAGAGGACUAUAGCUGUUUUACUGGAUGAUAUCUUGACGCGGCUGGUUAAACUGGAGGGGAAAAUUGAGCUGGUGGCCAAUACCUCUUCCACUAACACCUCCCAUGCAGCAGGGGGCGUCCUUGCCUCUGCUCCUGCUGCCCUCCAGAAAUCCUCGAAGCAUGAGACAGCUGGCAGCCAUCCAGGGACUUCACGCCUUCACCCGCAUAUCCCAAACAGGCCGCGACCACAUCAAGUAGUAUAGUGUAGACAGAUUUUUUUUUUUUUUCAUUUUCAGCACAACAGCUUCCAUCACUGAUGUAAUCACAUCAGAUCAAUGAAAAGCAAUACUGGGAUGUACGGACGUCUGUUAACUUAAAAAUAUGGACACUGAAGAAAUGUCCUCUACACUCAGAGGGAAGAAAAGGACUUCUGUAUGCUCUGCCCUAUCACAUGCUGAUUUGUAUUUAUUUUUUACCAGGACCGUUAAGCACAUUUUAAAAUAUAUUUGCAUUUCUCAUUUUAUCUGGCUUAAUUUUGCCUUUUUUGAAUGCCAUAUUUAAAUCUUUUGACUGUUUUAGCUUAAACAAAGAGGUAUAAACCCUCUGAAGCUGGUUCUCAUAUGCCUCAUCAUAACAAACUGCUUCUUAUUCUCACUUUUCAAUAUUGUAACCAUUGUUAAAAACAUCUAUAAACAUAUCAAAAUGCUGAACAAAACAAUAUACUCACAGUUAGGAGUAGAUAAAUAUCCAAUAGAGCUGGUGCAGUUUCUCACUACUAUAAUACUACUCUACUUUUAGUCUACACAUCCACAGUAAUUUGAAGGAUAAUUCAGAGAUAAUCCAAAGAAUGUUAUUUGCACUGCAUUUGAAGGAAGUAAAGUUCUGUAAUUAUAAUGUACUGCAAGACUGUUUUGAGGUUUGUUGCAGAUGAUGACUGGAUGAUGCAAAUCCGCUGCCAAACAUGAGUGGAGUGUGCUUUGUUUAGAUCCAAUGUUUCCCCUGCCAGCUGUCCAGAAAUCUUUCAUUUAGGUCUGGAACAGAUUGAAUGUACUGUGUAGUCAGUCUUUAGCCUUGUAAUGCUGUUAAGUAGACUGACCCACUCCUUACACAUGUUCAGGGUUCAUGUUGCACUGUGACUCUAUAGAGAUUUUCUAAAAAUACUAGGCUCAUCCAUCCUUGACUUUGAGGAUAUUUGAAGGCUGUGGACAUGGCACUAUGAAGUACUCCUUCUCUAUGCCUUUCUUUCGGUCCUGAAUAUUGUCUGUAAAACAAGAAAUAUGUUGGCCAAUAAUUUCAUAAAACUGCUUGGGGAAUGUAUGAGACAAUGCCGGCAUGGGUGUUUCAUGAAAUAUUAG